AUGACAUCACCAUCUCCUUUCCCUUGGCCGCACGAGAAGCAUCAUCAGUUAAUCUCGCGUGACGAUUACAUCGACUUGCGCAAUUUCCAGGACCAGCAGCUGAACGCCGAGUUCACGUCCGUUCGAUGUUCUAUCGACCUCGUGCGGGAGGAGCUAAAAACCGACAUCGGCUUGGUCAAACAGGAGCUAAAAACCGACAUCGGCCUCAUCAAACAGGAGCUCAAAGAAUUCAAGGACGACGUAAAGGCCCAAAACCAGCGCCUUGAAGCCCAGAUCCGUCAAACACACGCCUACAUACGAAACAACGCCUUGAAGAAUCCAACUCUCUCCAUUCGCCCUGUCGUUGUAUAUCGCCCUGAACAAGGCAUUCUCGAACCCGAUCUUUCACAAUUUCCCCGAAACGCGAACGAGUUUUAUUCCUUGAGGGACCCUCAAACGAAUCGGCACAGGUCAAUGUUGGCGUAUCUCGCUGCCUUCUACGAUGUUCGACUCAGAACUGCAGACUAUCCUUCAGAAGAUGAUAGCGACGACGACGAAACAUUCCUUGACCGCCCUGAUGUCGUUGUGGAGAAGCUGGAGGACAUACUUGGCUUAAACGAAGACAAAUUCAGCAAGUUUAGGGAGAGAGCACACCAAUUAGCAACGCGAACCCCCUCAAAACCGAUCAAACUCCACGCCGACAGAGACUGGAGCUGCGUCCGAUUGACUCCGGAAACGAAGGACUGCACGUUCUUGAUACCCGAGGCCGCCAAAGUCCCAAAAGCGCCUCUUCAGAAGGUUUAA